CAGACGUCUAGGAGUGUGGUUAAUUUGUUGUGUUGUUCCGUGAAACUUUAGAAUUUUAAUUGGAAUUCGUAUUUAGUUUUUGGAUUUAUAUUUUCUUUUUUUUUGCAGGUAACCGGGAAACAAACAUGACAGAAAACAGUACGAAGGAAAAUCUUCUGCAGCCGACUACACUACAAGAAGCAAUAAAUAUUAUUAAAUUCCUGAAGACAUCACACAAACAAGAAAUAGCGAAACUUAAGGAGACGUUCGCGAAACAGGCAGAAGUCAUAAAAAAAUUAGAAACAAACAGAAAAAAGGAAUUGGAAUUUUUAUCUAGCGAGCUGCAGAAAUAUGAAGUGAAUUUGGCACUCAGAACUGAAACGGUAGCCCAGCAACUAGCCCAGAAAGAUUUGACAAUAGAAAAACAGGCGCAGAUUAUCGAAGAUUUGAAACAGAAAUUGGAAAUUCAGAACAGUCAUAACGUCGGUGUACCGGAAAUAAAUAUAUUGGUGGAUUCUAAUUCAGAUUCUGGAGUUGCUUUGGACAAUGAUGAGAGCACAAAAGUAGACGAACAAAAAGCUGAAUUGAAACCGGUAAGAAAAUGCAGUAGGAGGUUCGGAGAGACAAUUAGUUUCUUACGUCGAGUGGAUUUCUCUCCCAUGAAAUAUAAGCCGUGCAGUCGCGAUGCGAAUAAGAAAAAAAACGAAAAAAACAAUAAGCUACAAGUACCCGUAGCCGAUAAAAGAAUGCUUCACCGUCAAUUCAGUACUGAUAAGUCUUUCAGUGAUGAUGAUAGGUCCAAUAGAGAUAAUUCCAUCUUCUCAGAUACAACCACAGAAGCUUUAGGGAUCAGACCGCAUAAGAUGAACGAUAGUAUGAAUAAUCAUUUUUCUGAUGAUGGAAGCGAAGAUACCAGUGAAGAAAUAUUCGACAGAGUAAUGACUAGAAGCAGUAUAAGAAGAUCGGUCAAAGCGAACCCGAAGUACAAGAAAAUCAAUAGAACUAAAUCGAAACUUUUGGAACAAGUAAAAGUUAAUAUCGUUGAUUGAAUUGCCAUAUUUUACAAUUAGUAAAAUAAUUAUCCGUAAGCUUAACAAUAAUACUUGUGCAAUGUGAAUAAAAAAAUC